AUGCAGUUUAUACAACCCCAUCUUUCUCUCCUCCACCCCUCCCAAUCCUCCCGUCGCCGCUCCGCCUACUCCGUACUACAGGAGCGCGGUAUGUAUUGUCGUGCAAACGAAGAACUUAUUUGCCAAAUGUAUCCGGGGACUAUUCUUUUCAGCAUCAUCAGAAGCAUCUGGUUUUGUCACGAGCGGACACGUGGAAAAGUGGAGAUACGCGGCGCCCGAACCGUCAGCAUCGUGAACAGUCAUGUCGGUAGCGCAGUCUGGAUUUGGGGGAAGGUUGGUAAGCCCCAGCUUCCACUUCGUGGCAGCAUUCGCAGAUAUGGGAAGCGUUGCUGCCUCUUGUGCCUCGUUGUAUAG